CUAGCAACUUCUAUCCACCAUAACAUCCCCCAAGUCGCGAGGGAAGCUUGGACUGCGACAAGGCGAAAAAAAAGGUUACCUGCCUGCCUCAACCCUCAUCCAUCCCACUACGAUACUCUAAAUCCUCUUUUUUUUCUUUCUUUCUACGCCGUCGUUAAAUGGUAUUUCCAAGGCACGCGGCUGUCUGGGCUGGGAGCUGGGUAGCCUGUCAGGCAAGAUAGUCGCUUUGUUGCCUUCUAACAUUCAUCCAUCUAUCCUUCGGCGGAUUGUUGAUGAGAUAUUCUACCUCGUCUUUCUCUCUCUUCUCUCUGCCUUAGGUCUGAGUCUUUGAACGGCGAUGCUUGUUCUAAGCACUCAAGACCAAAUCAACACAUAUUUCCGCUUCUUCGACCCGACAGACAGUUUCGGUCCCUCGAAAACAAUCAUUUAGACUUCUAACAUUUCGACUCAAACCCACUAUAAUACUAAUCGUUCUCGAGGCGGCUAUUCUUAACUUUGGAAGCACGUUAGCUGAAUUGCUGAUUCGUAACUCGACUACCAACUCAGUUUACUGCUUCUUGAUUCGACUACCGACAAUUAUUCGCACUCGAUAAUUCAAACUUGCGCCGUUACCACGAGUCGAACACCAUAUGGCCAUUUGCGAAUAUCGCCGACUAUCACCACCACGCAUUUACUACCCAACAUUCCACCCGACAUCUCAACAUGGCGCCUACAAAUUCGGCCGUUGCGGCCCAGCUAAGGCAGAUUGUUCAUUACCACCUCGAUAACAUAUCCUAUGAUAAUGCUCUCUUUUUCGCCGAAAAAUUAGUAGCUAUCGACCCUCGAUCAACCGAGUCGCCGUAUCUCCUCGCACUCUGCCAUUUCCAACUCGGCGAUUAUAAAUCGGCAUAUGAGAUUAGCAAGGCCGUUGGAUCUCGUGGUAGUAAUGUUUCCUGUUCGUAUAUUUUCGCCCAGUGCUGUCUUGCACUAGGACGGUAUAAGGACGGCAUUGUAGCACUGGAAAAAUCCAGAGGUGCAUGGUCCCGAAAGCCUAGCCUAGGGAAGCACAACGCAACAAGUCGAGCACAACAUCCGGACACAGCGAGUGCCGCUUGCUUACUUGGGAAGCUAUAUCGUGCUUAUGAUGACAAGAGAAAGGCAAUCCUUCACUUUGAAGAGGCCUUGAAGGGAAAUCCAUUUAUGUGGGAUGCAUUCACUGCUUUAUGCGACAUGGGUGUUAAUGUUAGGACGACGAACAUUUUCAAACCAAAUGACACAUUGCUAGACAGUCUGAAUGCCGACCAAUCAAGUGGGGUUUUACUCGAACAGAAGGACAGCAGUAGUACAUCUAAUUACUUGGAACCUCAGCCUAAGAAGCCAUCAGCUCGCACUACAGUUUUCGAUCCAAUGGGGGACCCAUUUGAAUCGAAUAAGCCAAUGGCUGGAAAUGAGACCCUCGGUAGUAAUUUCCUUUCCGGCGAGAAUGACUUUGUAUCUAGAAUCAAUGCGGCUCGUUCUAGGAUGGUGAUGACUGCCGAAUCUGGGAGUGAUACCAUGGAGACACCAACGUCCAACCACGUUGAUUCGAAUAUCCCCCGGAUCAAUUAUCCGCCCGAGCCCCCCCAGGCACCGACUAGAAAACCGAGAAAUGCUCAUCCUAUCGAAUCUGGUCUUGCGGAUAUGCCCUCGAAGAUGGGAUAUCGAGCUGGUACUAGAAGGACUCAGAAACUACAGGAGAAAUCACAAGAUGAUCUUUUAUCGGAAUCUAACCCUACCCUUCUUAGGCCGUCUGCCUCAACUGUAUCUGGAAUAGAGAGGAAGAGGACCGUAUCUGGCCAGCCUGUGCAGCCCCGACAACAAUCUGAAGAACCCGGAGCACCACAGAGAAGAAGUGCAAGAUUAAACAUGGUCAAGGGCACUGGUGUGAAAACCAAUGCUGGAAUGUCAACGCUGGGCGCUACGAGGGAACUGAAAAAGGCUAGACCCCCGAUUUCUAGAAUUGUGCGGCCAAACUCGAGUGGUUCUAACGUGGGCCGAGCUGUUAGUGGCAACAGGAAGCCACUAGAGGAGAAUGGUAUGGAUGUAGAUCAUGCCGAAGCCCCACGAAUUAGGGAAACGUACCCGGCGCCAAUUAUGAAACCCGUGGAGCCGGAAUCCGUUAAGGUCGAAGAAACUUUGAAGUAUCUUCUGGAAUUAUUGAAGAAAUUCGGUUCCGGAUACCUCGCUCUAUCGCAGUAUCGUUGCACCGAUGCUCUGGCGUUUUAUACGGCACUGCCACGAGCACACCAGGAUACACCGUGGAUGCUGUCACAGAUGGGACGAGCAUAUUAUGAGCAGGCGUCAUACGCAGAGGCGGAGAAGUACUAUAGGAGAUUGCGUAUCCUUGCUCCCACUCGUCUCGAGGAUAUGGAAGUAUAUUCCACAAUCUUAUGGUUCCUCAAAAGAGAAACAGAUCUUUCAUUCCUGGCUCACGAACUCGUCGAGCUGUCGUGGCAUUCUCCCCAAGCUUGGUGUGCGCUUGGGAAUGCUUGGUCGCUUGCCCGAGACCAUGAGCAAGCAUUACGAUGCUUCAAGCGAGCCACUCAAUUAAACCCAAGGUUUGCUUAUGCAUUUACUCUACAGGGUCACGAAUACGUUUCGAACGAAGAGUAUGAGAAGGCCCUUACAGCAUAUCGUCAGGCAGUAUCAGCCGACCGCCGACAUUACAACGCGUACUAUGGUAUCGGUAGAGUAUAUGAAAAACUUGGUAGCUACGACAAAGCUUACAUACAUUUCCAUUCUGCAUCCGCCAUCAACCCUACGAAUGCAGUCUUAAUCUGUUGCAUUGGCAAUGUCCUUGAAAAGCAACGACAAAUCGUCAAGGCCUUGCAGUUCUUCUCGAAAGCAACAGAACUUGCCCCCCAAGCCGCACAGACUCGAUACAAAAAGGCUAGAGCUCUUCUAGCACUGAACCAGUAUGAUGAAGCUCAGAGGGAACUCGAGAUUCUGAAGACACUCGCUCCAGAUGAAGCGACAGUACAUUUCCUUCUCGGAAAGCUGUACAAGGGUUUGAACGACAAGGGUUCCUCCGUCAGACAUUUCACAAUUGCACUAAAUCUGGACCCGAAGGCGAGCCAACAAAUCAAAGAAGCUAUCGAGAGCCUUGAAGAUGAUGACAGCUUUGACGAUUCUAUGAUGGCAUGACGUAUGACACGAUAGAACCUUUGCGUUUUACUGGAAGGGUUGCUUUUAUCGUCAUGUUUUCAAUGGUAGGGGUGGGGAUGUGGCUGGACUUUAUGUUUUCCCCGAGGCACGCGUUGAUCCCUUUUUAGGGGGGAGUCUACAUUCGGUACGAUACGACCUCGUACGUCUUGGCUCUGUCGGUGUUUGGCAUAACGAAGGUCCGGCAAGGCAUAUGCAUCGGCGUUUAGGGAAAUUCGAGUGGCUUAUCAAGUUCACGAUCGUCAGGAAACCAGGGAAUCAAGGGGUCUUGUGUAUAGGUAAAGGGCUUGCAUGGCGAUAAAAGUGUAUAAUAGUUCGUUCUGGUGGUGAGCGUCUCGGCCAGUUGAAUGAACGCCGGAGGCUGCUCUACGAUACGAAGCUCACGAGCAGAAUAAUCUAGGCUUACCCCACGCUUGCUUGCGCGCGUAAGGGAGGCUGAUAUUGCAAUAUCAAAUACGUGCCUCAUUCGUGACUGUUAAAUACACUGUAUGUUCA